UGUCCUGUCAGGGGCACACCUUUGCGAUGAUGACUCCCAAUUUGUAUCAUCAUUAUCAUCUCUCUUUCUCUGUCUCUCAGAUCUCCAUGAUUGAUUCAAUCUUCGUGAGGAGUUACCUAGUUCCAGAUCCAGUCAAGAAAACAAACCGACAAACAGAAGCUGUUCGAGUGGAAUCUCUGUCAAAAGAUUCCACCUUGCCACCUCACACUGGAAUACAGCAUAUUUUCUCUUCUUCUUCAUUCAGGUUUGAAACGCCUCUCCUGUAUGCAGGUGUCACCCAAGACAUUGUGACAACUCGUAGUGUACGGCUUGAAGUCUGCAUGUCUCAGAAAAAUACUCGAAAAGUCUUCCUAAUGGGCAUGGCGCACCUGCCCCUCCGUGUGGCAGUAAAACAUCCAAUCAGGGAGAAGUAUCCACUGAUCACAUGCAUGAAUCACACCAUCCCAAACAGCAUGAGAGUCUACAGUGCCCGAGACAUUAUCUUUGGUAACUCCCCUCUAGAUCAGUCGCUGUCAAGAUCUGAUUCCAUGCACUCAAGUUUUAGUUGCCCAGCGGCCACCAAAGACAUGUACCUAGGAAAUGUGGAGCAUUACUUGCGGAGAACCUCUGUAGAGCUUACUGAUUCCGAUUGUGAUGAUGGUGUUGGAAGCAGCAUUGACAUCAUCUCUACUCUUGGAAAGAGUAGCAGUUCAUCAGCCGGAAAUGUUGAUGUUCUGUCCCUGGCUGCAGACAGCGAAGAAGCCUCAACAAGUCUUCAAGAAGCAACUGGACUUCAAAAAGACGCCUAUUCUAGUGCUACGUCUGAUGGUAACUAUACAGAACACCCCAAACCAAAGAAGAGAAUUAUACCUUAUGAACUAAUGGAUAAAGUUUCUGUUUCGGAGAUAAAUCUUGAAAACCUUCCGAAGGAAAAGUCCCCAGUGGUCAAUGCAAUGGAGGAUGAUACUCCAACUGCAAAAAUAAACAUUAAAGAAGAUAACAUCAACAGCCAAGUUAAGACCACUCUGGUACAGAAGGAAAACAUUUUAAGUCAAGACUCGAGUAUUUCCACAGAAAAUGUGUUUACAAAUCCACUUGUUGGAAAGAAAAAAAUAAUUCCUCCAGAGCUACUAUCCACAGUGGAUAGUGUAUCCAGAGAACACCGACAAUCAGGCAAUCAGAAUUCCAACAAGGCAGGAACAGAACAGCAGAUAAUAGACACAUUAGAAGAUUCAGCUGCAGGUCUCCAAGACACUGAUAAGACCAAGGAGCCUGGGGCUUAUAGUGAAACCAGCAGCAAACUUGAUGAAAGUCUGGACGAGCAAAAUGACAACGCAAUGGAGAUGAACCAGUCCCCACAGUGUGCUGCCUUCUUAGAAACAUCUGACACAUCAUCUACCCCAGUUUCACGACCUGAAACUCCGAUCUGGGAUUUCUAUGACUUUACACUUGAGGAGGGCGUCAAAACUGAUCCUGAAACUGUAGCCGGCUCUGCAAACGAUGCCGCUUCCAUAGCCCUGGGAACUCUUCAGGAGAGCAUCCUACGUUUGAGCCAAGCCAAAAAAGUUUUAGACACUUGCACAGUCUCAGGUCCUGUGCUGCCAGCAAUAAUGGUUGAAGACUUUGAAAUGGAUGAUGAUGAUAAUGAUGUUCUUUCUGAUGAAGAUGAGGACAGUGUUGAAAGCUGA